AGAAAAACAAAAAACAAAAAAAAAACUAACCCUACAUAAUAAGUAUAUAUUUUUAGUUCAAUGUAUUUUAAAAUAAACACGAGUCUCUACCACACACCAAAUGACAACCUAACUAUGACACCCUUGCAUCAGGGUGACAAUGGCGCAAAUGUACAGUCUGUCUCCAGUUGAGUAUAGCAUUUGAAAGGGGUAAAAGUAUAUAUAUGUUCAAUAUUUUUUAGCACAUCACUCUUCCACAAGACUGGAUCUCAAGUGGUGCCGGCCUCGAACAGAAGACCUUUCUUCAGCUCCCCCUGUUUCCUCAUAACACACUCAAGGAGUCUUUCGUGUGAAGAGAUCGACGUCUGUCUUUCAUGUGUUUGAUGAAGAUCACUUAGAAUGGAUGGUGGUUGACUGCAACAGAAGAUUGGCGAAUUCGGGGAAGUACAUCUGGAGGUUAGGGAACGUGGUUUCAGGUUUGACAGGUGGUGAGAACAUUUGAUUACUGGCAUUGUUACUAGCAUUGGUCACGCACUUGAUCGGUAAUCCGGUAUCGGGAAAUAAUUAUUUUUUUAGUGAGGUAACGCCCAGCUCAGAGCUUUUUUCCUCUUAAUCAUUUUAACACAAUGCUUCUUUAUUGGUCAACAUGUUAGGUAAUACAUAUUUCACUGAAGCUCCCCACACACAUAGUGCCCCAAAGGAUUCCAAAAUGUGUGUGUGUGUGUGUGUGUGUACUGUAUGUGUUUGCGUGUGAAUGCAUGAUUGUUUCCUUGACACUUUUGGCUCAAAUUCAAUAAUUUAUUAAUUGUCACCUUACAACCAAGCAUGCACUAAAUCAAUGGAGGAAGACUUUGCAGAUGAAACCCAAAAAAACAUCAGAGGUCCACCCAUGGCGUCUAUAAAAGAAGAGGGCAAGACGCUUUUGUGUACAGCCUUCAACUCUCCUGAAGAGGUAAGGGGAAAUGCUUAUCUUGCUGUCCCCCCCUCGCACAUGGGGGACACUGACACAUCAGCUGUGCUCAUCUGCUUCUUUCUUCCUUUGAUUUCAGCAAAUCUGUUCAGAUCCUUGGACCUAAAAAGAAGAUAAGAUCGAGGGAUUUCAUCAUGACUUCCUUCGCAACUCUCAUCCUCGUCCUCUCUCUGACUUCAAGUGCUUUCUUCUCCCAUGCUUCGGGCGAAAGAAACAGCACAACAGGGGAGGACGAUGACAACGAACUGGAUAGCUCCGAGCGCGAGACUGAGGCCCCACAGGGUGCCUCCGACCUCAUCGAGGCUGCGAACACCGGACUGGAGCGCUUGAGGACCGGGCCGCAGAUCAAAUUCGGAGACAUCGCCCAGACGUCUACGUCCACUCGGAACGCCUCUCCCUGCACGGCCAGGGGCUGCACCUGGCCAAGGAGCUACAGAGGCUAUGUCUAUGUGCCUAUUUACAUCUCCCCAAAAUACAGCAGGGCCGAGCGAAAUGUCAUCAUUCGGAGCCUGGUGGAGUUCCACAGAGUCUCCUGCAUUCGCUUCGUCUGGAGGCGGAGGCAUCGGGACUAUCUCUACUUCUAUCCUUUCACCGGGUGCUGGUCCUAUAUAGGCCGCCAGCGAGGACUUCAAGUUAUCUCCCUCCAGCAGCGUGGGUGUGUUUCCCGCGGCACCGUCCAGCAUGAGAUCCUGCACGCCCUGGGCUUCCACCACGAGCAGUCGCGCUCCGACAGAGACAAACACGUCAGAAUCCAGGCCAACAACGUCCUUCCAGGAAAACUGAGCAACUUCAAUAAGGUGAACACCAACAACCUGGGCACUCCGUACGACUACAGCUCCAUCAUGCACUACAGCAGAUUUGCGUUCUCCAAGCAAAGAGGAGUUCUGCCCACCAUCGUCCCCAUCCCUGACUCCAAGGCAGUCAUCGGACAAUCCACCAAGAUGAGUGGCAACGACAUCAAACGACUGAAUAAACUCUACAAGUGCCGUGGCUACUGAGUUGAAGACAGGAUUCAAUGCUCUGAUGGACGACGCAUUCGCUGACACCCUCUCCUUUACGUUUAAAAUCGAAUGGGAUCAACACUUUGGUCUUUCCUCCCUUAUGUUAUUCCCUUUACUAAAUCCAGCGCAUGUGGAUCCCACCCAGCUAUACCUAAUUGUCCUUGGGAGACUUCCAUCUUGUAUUUUAACGGGAAAUGAUUUGUUUUUCUGGCCUUUCUAUGACAAACUGUUUUUAAAUGGGCUUGCUUAGUUUGUAAUGACUUCUUAGGGAUGACCUUGAGGUAACCCCCCUACCCCCCUUUACUGUCUUAAUGCAUAAUUAAUAAAUGCUGUUUAAAAAAGAAAAAACCUGGCUUGCAAGAUCAGCAUUCAGAAAAGGAAAUAUGAAAGUGGAACUGUAUCCUAAUUUUAGCAGCAUUUCUGACCACGACAACAAACUUAACUGUCAACACUUUAUUCAGUAUAAGAACUGCCUCACAUAAGCCUAGCGGGAUCAUACAAAAUUGGAAUAAACAUUUUA